UUCCGCCAGGGGUCGGACUCAGAGCUCCAGUGUGUUUACGCGGCAGAUACAUCAGGUUUUUUUUUCCUUUCUUUUAAUUGUCUAAGGUUUAUGUGUUAAGAAUAAAGGAUAAAACACAGUUUCUUGCAGACAUGGACACCGCUAACCAGCUUGCAUCUGCGGGGACAUUUCAGGUGCUCAAACUACCUCUGGGAUUUAUUCGUGUUUUAGAAUGGCUCUUUGCCAUUUUUGCUUUUGCAACAUGUGGUGGCUACUCGGGACAGCUGAGGGUCAGUGUGGACUGCAUGGAGAAGGCCAGCAGCAACCUGAGCAUCGGCAUUGACUUUGGUUAUCCUUUCAGGUUGCACCAGGUGUCGUUUGAAGCCCCCAUGUGUGAGGCAGUGAGGAGGGAGCGUGUGUUUCUGGUCGGAGAUUAUUCCUCCUCUGCUGAAUUCUUUGUCACCAUUGCGGUUUUCUCCUUCCUAUAUUCUCUUGUGGCCACAGUUGUCUACGUUUUCUUGCUGAAUAAGUACCGUGAAAACAGUCAAAGACCUCUCAUUGACUUUGUGGUGACAGUAGUAUUUUCUUUCAUGUGGCUGGUCAGCUCCUCUGCCUGGGCCAAGGCCCUGUCUGAUGUGAAGGUUGCCACUGAUCCAGACGAGGUGCAGCUCCUGAUCCCAGCCUGCAAAGACCCGACUAACAAGUGCGGCUCUCUGAACGGGCCUCGGUGGUCUGGGCUCAACACCUCGGUGGUGUUUGGAUUUCUCAACUUUGUUCUGUGGGCUGGAAACAUCUGGUUUGUCUUCAAGGAGACCAGCUGGCACAAGGGUGGCUCCAGGUUAGCAGGCAGCAUGCCUGACAAACAAGCCGGCACCUUUGACCAGCAACCCUACAACCAGGGGAGCUUUGAUCAGUCAGGGAGCUACAAUACCCAGGGGAGCUUCGAUCAACCGUCUGAGUACAGCCAAGUCGGAGGCCCCACCUCCUACGCCAACCAGAUGUAGCCGUGCCUUGUCAUUCUGAGCGUGGUGCCGCUGCCUCUUCCAACAAAAGCAGUCAGGAGAUGGGCAUCCUAUUGAAAAGAAAGGCGGUCAUAAAGAGUCAGAGUUCACCUGUUGUAGAUACAAAUCUAGUUGGGUAUUGUUCACAAGAUGUUGUCCUUUCUCUUCUUCUCCUUCAGAUUUGUGUAAGCUGAAUGUCGUUCUUCUUGUAGUUUGAAACACUUGGUGACAGUUUCUCCGUGCUUGAUUAUUGACAUUGCUGUUUUGAUUGGCUGUCUCUGUUCUAGUUGUUUGCACUAUGUAUUGGCAGGAAAAGUGCUCUUUGUAAAGGUUUUAAAGUGCAUGAUGUUGUUAGCUAGUAAGGUCUCUGUGAAACCAGGAUUUAAAAAAAAGACAAAACAUGCAUUUCAAGUGUAAAAGUUUACAAAACUUACUCUGCUCUGACACAUCACUGAUAGAUAAUCAGGUAUUCUGUUAUGUUAUUACAAUAACAAGGGAUAUAUUUUGAUAAAAGGUGUUUUUAAUUCUAUUAUGAUGCAUGAUUAGUGUAAAUUCUGUUAUUUCAGCUGUAUUUUUAUUUAUUUUUAUUGUUUGUUUUUUUUUGCCAUUCUAAAGCUGGACUUUUUUGUCUGAAAUCAUCAAAUCCACAAAAAUCACAAGCAACAAAUUCAUCCAGGAAAUUUUAUGACAAAGAAUCUGUGCAAAAACAAACUGAAAUAUAUAUGCAACUUCUGCAUUGUGCGCUUCUUUCCACUGAUUUUCUUUUCUACCACAAAGAAACAUCCAUAAGGAUUUUUUUUUUGUUAAUCAUUUAAUAUUUUUUAAGAUAUUUUUACCGAUUUUAAAAGAAGGCAUUCCUCACAAAAGUUAUUCUAAAGCAUGUUCUCACUAUUUAUAUAAACUGUUAAAGCCCUGCAAAAAAAACAGACAAAAAACACAUAACUGCCAUAGUUAAAUCAGAAAAAAAUGAAAAGGUGAGUUUAUCUGUAUAUAUGUUAAUUUCUGGGGUUUUUGUAGAAAAAAAAUGGAAAGUUGUUCUCCUGUUUAUUUAAUAGAUUUCCAGCCCUGUGUUCUAACCCUUUGCGCAUGUCACUUGCACUGGUAUUGAAAAGUCAACAGAACACAGUUUACCUCUCAUAUAUAUGGUGCACAAGCCCAUGACUCAAUAAUAAAGAUGCACAAA